GUAGCAGCUGCUUCUCUGAGCGCAGCGCCAGCGGGCUCAGGCCCAGCCGCACCUUGAAGGCAGGCUGCCGAGCUAACCAAGGGCUUUGGCCAAGCCCGAACUGGGCUGGGGCAUCCGAGAAGCGGAAGGAGGCCAUCUAGGAAACCAGUGUGUGGGGUGGUGAGACUGGUAUACGAGCCUCAAUUUCAGGUCGGGGCAGAGAGCUCAGCCUCGCCGGUGGCACGCUGUCGCUCUUGGCUUCCCUCCACGCCUCUUGCGGCUGGGAGUUGGCAAAACUCGCUCACCUGUCGGAACCCGGAUCUGGGUAGGGAGUAGGGCCUGGCUGUCAGAAGCGCUGGUCACGGGAACCUCGGCAAGAGGCCCUCCCACGCCAAUACGCUACAGCCAGGGAGACAGGUGUGGGGACUGCUCCCGAAGACUCGAGGCACCCCAACCCCGCACCCAUCUCCCUGCUCUCCACUUUCGCCUGCAGGGGCCAUUGGCUUGGUGUGACACAAGGCCAACUCCGGCAGACUCCAGGGUUGAUGGUUCGGGACGCUCCGCCUCCUUCUGCCACUUAGAGCCAUAAGCGCCAGCAGGAGCCUUUCCACUUAGUCUUACUCUGCGGUUACUGCUGAGGUUUUCGGAACUCUCCAGGCCAGGGCCAGCCAGCCUGUUUACCUGCAACCGACGUCGUCCCUGAGCCUACCUGGGACAUACGCCCCCCUAGCCCCGGCCCGGAAAAGCCCGUUCUCCCCCGGGAACCGACGCCCCAACUUUUUACGCGCGGUCUGCGCGCUCUGUCUGGGUGUCCGGCUCCUGUAACAAGGGUCGAGCAUCUUUCGGCGCCCCGCAACGCUCUCAACCUCAGCUCGCCCUCUCCUCCCGCGAGCUGUGGGCUGUGUGAGCCCUGAUCCCGGGUGCAAGUGCGUGCCCAGCGCUCGGGAUUCGCCCCUGCCUCGGAGCCUACCCACUAGGAGGGAUUGAUCCCCGGAGACCUGGGCCUCUUUCUCCGAAACUCCAGUCGGCCCUGGUCAUUUCUCUCGGAACCCGAGUGCACGUCGCGCAUCGGCUCAGCGAGCGGCAGGGCGGAGGAUCCGGGCGCUGCGGAUCGCGUCGCCCCGUCGGUUGCUGCGCGCACCAUGGCUGGCUGCUGCUGUCUGUCCGCGGAGGAGAAGGAGUCGCAGCGCAUCAGCGCGGAGAUCGAGCGGCAGCUUCGUCGGGACAAAAAGGAUGCGCGCCGGGAGCUCAAGCUGCUGCUGCUGGGGACUGGUGAAAGUGGCAAAAGCACCUUUAUCAAGCAAAUGAGAAUUAUCCAUGGAUCUGGUUACAGCGAUGAAGAUCGAAAGGGGUUCACGAAGCUGGUUUACCAAAACAUAUUCACUGCCAUGCAAGCCAUGAUCAGAGCCAUGGACACCCUGAGGAUACAGUACAUGUGUGAGCAGAAUAAGGAAAAUGCCCAGCUAAUCAGAGAAGUGGAAGUAGACAAGGUCUCUGCGCUCCCUAGGGACCAGGUGGAGGCCAUCAAGCAGCUCUGGCUGGACCCAGGAAUCCAGGAAUGCUACGACAGGAGGAGGGAAUACCAGCUGUCAGACUCUACCAAAUAUUACCUGACUGACAUUGACCGGAUCGCCACGCCGUCGUUCGUGCCAACGGAGCAAGACAUACUUCGUGUUCGAGUGCCCACGACCGGCAUCAUCGAGUAUCCGUUUGACUUGGAAAAUAUCGUCUUCAGGAUGGUCGAUGUUGGAGGCCAGCGCUCUGAAAGACGGAAAUGGAUCCACUGCUUUGAGAGCGUCACCUCCAUCAUCUUUCUGGUUGCCCUGAGUGAAUAUGACCAGGUCCUGGCUGAGGGUGACAAUGAGAACCGCAUGGAAGAGAGCAAAGCCUUAUUUAAAACCAUUAUCACCUACCCCUGGUUUCUGAACUCAUCUGUGAUUCUGUUCUUAAACAAGAAGGAUCUUUUGGAAGAAAAAAUCAUGUACUCUCAUCUAAUUAGCUAUUUUCCAGAAUACACAGGACCAAAGCAGGAUGUCAAAGCUGCCAGAGACUUUAUCCUGAAACUUUAUCAAGAUCAGAAUCCUGACAAAGAGAAAGUUAUCUAUUCCCACUUCACAUGUGCUACAGACACAGAGAAUAUCCGCUUUGUGUUUGCUGCUGUGAAAGACACAAUUCUACAACUAAACCUAAGGGAAUUCAACCUAGUUUAAAAGCUGCUGCCCACUCUUCGCCAGAGCUAGAAGACAGGACUCACAAGCCCCUUGUGUUUAUUCCCGAGUGCUUCUGACAUCACCCGACCCAGCCCACUGGACAGCAUCAAGGCCACCGGGACAGAGAUGGGUGAUGGAGCCUGUAAGAUAUUUGAGUUUAGCAAAACUUUUUAAAAGUCUUUAUUCCAAAAUUGUUUUUAUAUUUCUUUUGACUUUUGGCUGUAAGAUUGUGUAAUUUUGAAUUUGAUAUUUUAUAAAGCCACUGUGAUUUACUGUUUAUUUUUUAAAUUAAAUUUAAGUGUGUUUAAUAGUGCCAUAAAGAAAAUCACGGAAUGGAGGUGGUGGUGAGGGGGGGAUGGGGGGGCUGUUAAUUUAGAGAUCAGGCCUUGAGACCUCUAGGAUUAAUUUGGGUGACUUUUUUUUUUUAAAGAAAGUUGAGUUUUAAGCUUUUUAAUCUUGUAAUUUUGAGGCAUUUUUAAUUGAGCAUUUUUCUCUCUUCAUGCUGAAGUAUAAUGCCUUUAACGUUCCACCAAAGAUUUUUUUAAAACAGUCGGUUCUAAGUAAUGACUAUGUCAGUGCAUCUAAUUUAGUUUUGCCACAGUUUGAUCACCAUGAAGCCAAAGUUGACAUAGGUAAAUGGUCUCUAGAUAACAUAUAUAUUGUGAAAAGUGUGUAUGUGUAUAUUCCAAUGUAUAUGAGUAGGCCUUGUAAACUUAUGAAAUGGCUAAGCUAAAAGUCCAAAUUGUUUAACAAAUGUCAUGUAAUCCCUGCCAAAAUUUUGAUGGCCACCACAGUUUUGCUGUUUGAACCGUGUAUGCUGCGCCUUUCUGAGGAGGCUAAGAAUAUACCAUUCUGCCAUUAGCAAUGGAUUACAUUAUGUUUCUUUGAGCUCAUGGUUGAUUUAUGGUUCUCCUCCUAAAAAGGAAAAUGCUGUAACUUUAACAGUUAACUACUCAGAAACUUUCUAAAUGUACUUAUAGGAGUAGAAAAUUAAUUUUACCCUUCCCUUCUGGGUUCUUGGCUGAGACCCAUUCCUGUAAUAAAAGAGAUUAACAGGGGAAAAAUAACUCAGAAGUUGAAUAACAUGCAUACCUCCUGUGUACACGGGAGACACCCAGGAAAACUGAAUAACUCCCAAAAGAGGCCGGAGCCAUCAUCACCUUAAAUACCAUCUCCAGCUAAAGACAAAAGAAAGGUGUUGGGGAAGGGGGGUGGGGGAAAGGCCAGUUAAGGGGGGUUACGGAGAAACACAGUCAACAGGAGUAAGGUUGUUAUGCAGAUUUAAGUUGGGCACCUUCUCCAGUGAUAAGAGUUUCCUGUGAUUUAGAGUCUUAUCCUUCUCUUCCCGGUACAGAGUGGGAGACACAUUUACCAAUGGAGAUUUCUCUUAUUAAAGUAAAUUUCCCCUAUAAAAGGGUAAUUAAUUCUACAUUUCCAGAGCUUUUCCAGUGUCUGAUGUUUCUUAAAAAUUAAUCAGCUCAAAAUAAUUCUUAUGCCAAAGAGGCAUAUUUUGGGAUGGUAUAUAUUCUGCUCUCUUUCAGUCCUACAUUUGAAAUUUCAAAGGAGUUUCACAGUCCAGAAGUUAAGUUGAUAGAUAGGCUAUAUUAUUUUAUUGAACUAGUCUCUUAGUCUUGAGACUAGGUAGGUUCAGUUAAAUAGUUGUGUCUCAUUUAAGGAGAUGGGCUCCCAAAGUUAGGCCUAUAUGGUGCAAGCAAUUGGGUAUUUAAUAAGAGGCAUUUCCAUGGAAACAAACAAACAAAAAACCCUACAAAGGUUAAUGGUUGAGGAAAAUUAUAAACUGAGUGGGUCAUGAGGGCAGCCAGUCAGAAGAUUGUUAGAUGAAGCAUUUUUUGCAGUUUGAAUGUCUCUGAUGGCAUCAAGCAUUCAGGUAAACUUUCUAAGUGGCCCAAACAACAAACUGGCAUGAAGGGUGUUUGAACAUGAGCCACGGUGGCCAUUUCAUUGAAUUGUAUACUUAAGUUGUUCACAUUAAGUUUGCAGGGCUUUGGGAAACACUUUUGCAAAAGCAAAACAGUAAUUUCUGUAAAUGACAAAAAACUUAAAAUGGCCAUGGUUAAAGAUCUGAUAAGAAUUCAUUAUAGGGCUGGCCGAGUGGUUCAGCUGGUUAAGAGCUCGCUUGGGAGCACCAGCUCUGAGCAGCAGGGCUGUG